CUUGCUCGAACCCCAAACCUACCGAAGAAGAAGAAUACAGAGUAUUGGUGUGAAAUUGAUGUUGGAUGGGGGCUGCCUUCGCGAAGGACUGCACCAUUCCGGUUUGUUCCUCUUCCAAUUCCUUCGACGACGUGCCGGAGAAUUGUAUUUCCAUUGUUCUCAUGUUCUUGGAGCCUCCCGAGAUCUGCAAACUCGCCGCCUUGAAUCGAGCCUUCCGCGCCGCUUCCUCCGCCGAUUUCAUCUGGAAUUCCAAGCUCCCUUCCAAUUACGCCGUCUUGCUUCGUCGAAUUCUCCCUCCUUGUUCUUCCGAUCGCGAUUAUCGUCGGUUGCCGAAGAAGGAGAUCUUCGCCAGGCUGAGUCGCCCUAAUCUGUUCGAUCGCGGCACUAAGGAGCUGUGGUUGGAUAAGAGUUCGGGGAAGCUUUUCGUUUCCAUUUCGGCUAAGGCCUUGAAGAUCACAGGGAUUGAAGAUCGAAGAUAUUGGAAUUUUGUUCCGACGGAUGAAUCUAGGUUUGAGUCGGUGGCAUAUCUGAAACAAAUCUGGUGGGUAGAGAUACGAGGAGAAUUGGAGUUGGAGUUCCCAAAGGGAAACUACAGCCUAUACUUCAGGCUUCAGCUGGGAAAGCCUUCAAAGAAGUUUGGAAGAAGAGUGACAGAAGUGGGGCAGGUCCAUGGGUGGGAGAUCAAGCCAGUGAGGUUCGAGAUGACAGCCUCCAAUGCCCAGAAAGCUUCAUCUGAGUGUUACCUACGCCAUUCUGGGAACUGGGUUUUGCAUCAUGUGGGUGAUUUUUGUGUCCAAAACCCUAAUCUUCAAACCCACAUCAAAUUUUCAUUGAUUCAGAUUGAUUGCACUCAUACUAAAGGUGGCCUUUGUGUGGACUCUGUCUUCAUUUGUCCCUCCCAAUUUGAAGGCAAGGCAGCUUUUGAUAGUUCUUAAAGAAGAAUGACCCUUUUUGUGUGGAUAUUUUUUUGUAUCAUCCAUUGUUUUCUAUGUAUGUAUUUGGUUGAGGUUGAGGUUGUGUGUGAUA